GGGAGCGGGCGCGCGGGGGCGCGCGUUGGCCGGGCCCCCGCGCGGCCUCUCAGCUUCUUUCGGCGAUGGCGACGGCGACGGCGCCCUCGCCGCGGGACCCGGCUGGGGACUGGCAGGACUUCUCGGGCUUCCAGGCUUCGUCGGAACCGAGCGGUUGCCUGGAGCCCUCGGAGACGGCGGCGGGGGCGGCUGCCGUGGAAGGAGGCCCGUGGCAUGGCAGGGGCGAUCUGAGCACCGAGCUCCCGCUCUGCUUCCAACCUGCUCGGCUGCUGGCUGAGCAUUGCGUAGACCCGGAAGCCCUUCUCCUGCCGCAGCCCCUCAGCGAGCGGAGCGCCUUGCACGAAGAUGAGAUUUGGAAUGCUCUGACAGAUAAUUAUGGUAAUGUAAUGCCAGUCGAUUGGAAAUCAUCCCACACCAGAACACUGCACUUGCCAACCCUGAAUCUCUCUGAAAAGGCAGCUAAUGAUAAUUUGAACCUUGACUUAUCAGAUGAUGAAGAGUUGAGAGAUCAGCUAGACAUGCAUUCUAUCAUCGUCUCCUGCAUCAGUGAAGAACCUCUCUUCACAGCCGAACAGGUAAUUGAAGAAAUAGAGGAAAUGAUGCAGGAAUCUCCCGAUCCAGAUGAUGAUGAAACACCAAGCCAGACAGACCGUCUGUCCAUGUUGUCCCAAGAAGUUCAAACACUUAAAAGGUCUAGUACAAACCACAAUUAUGAAGAAAGGGUGCAAAAACUGUCUGUGUCUGAGUUAAAUGAUCUCUUAGAAGAGAUUGAAGCAGCCAUCAAGGACUACUCUGAGGAGUUAGUGCAACAAUUAGCCCUAAGGGAUGAAUUGGAGUUUGAGAAGGAAGUAAAGAACAGCUUCAUAUCUGUCCUGAUCGAAGUACAAAACAAGCAACGAGAACAAAAAGAAAUGACGAAGAAGAAGAAAAAGUUAAAAAAUGGCACUCCUCAGAAUGGAAAGCAAGAAAAAAGCCAUCUGCCUGGAACACGCUUCAGUAUGGAAGGAAUCUCAAAUGUCAUUCAGAAUGGCUUUCGACAAACGUUUGGAAACGCGGGUGGAGAAAAACAGUAUCUGACAACUGUUAUUCCAUAUGAAAAGAAAAAUGGACCUCCAUCAGUUGAAGAUCUUCAAACAUUGACAAAAAUUCUUCAUGCCAUGAAAGAAGACAGUGAGAAAGUGCCAAGCUUAUUAACAGACUACAUUUUGAAAGUUCUGUGUCCUACGUGAA